UAAGAAACUGAUUAAAUAAUAAUUUAGGUUUUAUAUAAUUAAAAAUGGAAAACAAGCAUGAAAUAGAGAUUACAAUUGGUGAACCAAUAGCUAUAAAAAUUUUAGAUACUUGUGUUGGAACGGAUAAUCAGCGUUAUUACAAAAUUCAGUGGCAGCCUACUUGGGAAACUGAGGAAGAUAUUUUAUUAAAGUAUCAGACGCUUGUUGAGGAAUAUUGGAAAUUUUCAACUCACCAAAAGCUGGGAAUAUUAAAUACGGAAGCAUCAAUUUUAUCAAAAACAGUUGAAAAUGAUGUAAAUUCACCUGAGCUGAAAGAAGUUUCUGUUUCUGAUAAUGUUCAAAAAAAACCUCCACCUUUAAUGCCUGAAAAAUACCAGUAUGUUAAUCGCCCAUUUCAAUGUGAAAUUUGCUUGCGUUGCUAUACAUCAGAAAAGAAGAUGAACGAGCAUAAACACAAAUUGCAUUUAACUAAAGCCUUUUAUCAAUGUACAUAUUGCACAAAGGUGUUUGUGACAAAUCGUAAUUUGCAAAAUCAUAUGAAUAGACACACUGGUAUUGGACCACAUUUGUGCUUGGGAUGUUCAAAGCAUUAUAUGACAGAGCAAGCGUUAGAACAUCAUAAAAGAUCCUGCAAUGGAUUAGUAGAAAAAGAAUUUCAUUGCAAAAUAUGUGGUAAAGCUUUCUCAACAAAACCUCAUCUAACAUUUCACAUGAAAAUUCAUUUACCCGAUAAUCAAAAGCCAUUUAAAUGUCAAUUUUGCCCUCGUACUUUUGCAUAUAACCAUGAUUGUAUCCACCAUAUGCGUUUGCAUGUUGGGGAAAAACCUUUCAAAUGCACUGAGUGCAAUGAAGCUUUUCAUCGGAAGUCAUAUUUAACAGAACAUAUGUUUCUUCAUACUGGAAUAUCCAAGUACAAAUGUUCAGAUUGUGAGAAAUACUUUAAAACUCAACAAAUGCUUCAAACACAUGUAAAAAAUGUUCACAUUCUUAAAAAAAGUGUUUCUUAUGACAAUAAGAAAGCAAAUAAAGUUAGAGGAAGGUACAGAUGUGAAGAUUGUAGUCAAGUAUUUUGUUUCAUGAAAGAAUAUCAUCACCAUCUUGCUGUUAACCAUGAAGAUACAUCUCAUCUUGAAAAUAUAAACUAUGAGCCGAAAAUGGUUUAUAAGUGUAAGAAAUGUACUAAAACAUUUCGGCGUUCUUCAUCUUUGAAAAAGCAUACAGAAACUCAUAAGAGAAAUAUUUCUUCAAGUAUUUCUUUGUGUAAAACAGAGUUAAAUGUAAUUCAAAAAACAAACCCAAUAACUAUCAACCAUAUUUUAGAAAUUGGAUGUGCUCUUAAUGUAAAUUCAAAUGUUCAAAUAGUUCAUGAUGAUUCAAACAAAGAUUUAGGCCACAAAGGAUGUAAAGUUCUUGCAAGGAAUGAAAAACCUGUUGGUUUACAUGAAGAAGUUCUUCAUUGUUUUUCUGAAGAUGAAGUUACAAAAAAUAUAACUGAGGAUUUUUCUAAAAUAAACGCUGAUAUUGUUACAUAGUUUUUAAAAAAAUUUUAUUUAUGAAAAAGUUAAA